AUGCCUCAACAAUUCAUUUGUUCCAAAUACACAUCGGCAUCUCGGAGUGAGAGUAGGUUCAAAAGUCAAAACUAUGAUCUCCUCUGAGUAGCAACAAACAAAAAACAGAAAUAAAAUGGCAACCUCACCAUGCAUGGAGUGCAUAAAGGAAAUAAGGUUCUUCGAAAUUUUAUGUAUCUUGUUGAUCUCUCAACAGACCUAAAUUUCUCGUAAUCCCAAGAUCAAGAACGACGUCGUAGUUCAAAUGAAUCAAUCGAGUAUCCUUGGUAGGAAAACAUUCCUCUCAACCUCUAGUGUUUUACACCAAGUAAACGUAAUUCACUCAACACUUGAGCAAAAGUUCUUACUCUGAAAUCCAAAAAGUCCAGAUGAAGAAAUCUAGAAGGGUCUGUUUUUUCAGUUAUAUACUUUGACCACAUUGAUUAUAAUCUUCUGAUGUAUAACAUGGAUAAAACAUACUGAUCAUAGUUAUCUAUUUAACUUACUAAUUUUUUUUAUGAAGAUUUAACUUAUUCAUUGUAAACAAGAAUAUUCUUUGAUUCAUACCAUCCGGAACUCUUUCAGAGACGGCACUUGGGUAGAAUUAGGUGACUGGGUUUUCUACUUUGGGUCUCCUAGCUAUUUGGGUGUUAUUUUUUCUUUCAUUCUGAGCUAGAAGAUUCGGAUGGUUUGACCCAAGAAACUGACAGCUCCAAGUUCCAACGAAUUAGAAAAUAAAACCAGAAACCGCAAAACAAAAAGUGUAUUAUCGUACAAACGAUGAAAAUGAGGAGGGGAGGAAGAGGUAAAGAAAAAGGCAAAAUGGAAAGAAACGUGUUAUAAUUUUUUAGUUCCAAAUUCGUUGUGGCUUCCAAGGAAGUCCAAAGCGGCCAUUCACCUAAACUACCGACCAACACUUUGCUUCUUUCGCACUCAAUUAAUACCUUAAAAAUUUUGCACUUCAAUUCAUGGCAAUCCUUCGUAGUAGACUAAGCACAGGAGAAAAAAAAUUGGAUAGCAGUUAGCUGUAUUUAGAAAUGGUUUUGCUUACUGGAUUUGAUAAAUGAUCGAGAGAUUUAUGAUAUAUUCGAUCUAUUAUAGAUUUCAAAAGUUUGCUGUUGGUUUGUUGGAUUUGUUGGUGAAUUUAUCAUUUUAAAGAGUAAUUUGCCUUACUAUCCUUACUUUAUUUGUUUUAUAUAUGGUGGCAAGACAACUUGGAUUGUUUCAUGAACUAAAAUUGAUGUGUGGUUCAAAAUUAAUUUGGUCAUCUUAUCAUUUAUAAUCCACUCAAUUUAUGGUGUAUGGGAACCCCUUUAGCAAUCACCAAACCAUAAGAAAACAUAAUAUUGCAAUUUCAAACACCUAAAUUAUCGAAAUGAAUAGCCAACAUAAACUCAUCAUUCUCCCUGCUCGAAAUUAUUAUCAUCGUAAAACCUCGAUCAUUCCUUUUCCAUGAACCCUCGGAUAUGACAUUGACACUCAUCAAGCAAACACGAAAUAACUAGAGAUUUAGGACAAAUCCUUGAUAUCAGCAUUUGGGUCACAAAUCAAGGGCUCAAAUCCAACACACAAACGAGCUAUUAAUUUCUCUGAGCUAUUAAUUUGUGCAACACAAGUUCAGGAAUUGAUUAAUUUGCCAAUAGACAUAGUGACCCUGGCCCCCGUCUCCCAAGUGAGGAAUCUGAACGCGGGUGACCCAUCAUCAUUCACUUGCAUGUGGAACGACGCGACAUUGAGAUGAUCUCACUCGGCAUGAGUGAUGAUCCUCAAAGACUAAGGAGCAUCUAUUGUCUUGGCUAGAGGGGUGCAUUUGAGUCUAUUGACAAUCCAACCAUAGUAGAGCUUCUAGUCCUCUAGGAGGCCAUCCAGUGGUGUAUGGAUUUUGGGCUCACGAAGGUUCAGUUUGAAGGGGAUGUGAAGUGGUAAUUGACAAGAUAAACAUGGCGGAUAAGCGGGACAACUACGUUGGGGCCAUUCUCAAGGAAGUAUCACAUAGGGUAUCCCAUUUGAGUGGAAAAGUCAUUUCUUUGUUCCUUAACCGACAAUGUUUAUGUCAAACAACCUUCAAAGGAUUUUCGUUGGUGUAUCAACUUGUAAAAUUUGUGGUGUUGCUUGUUUAAGCAGGUCUCGAAAUCGUAUUUGUCGUAAUGUACUACAUGAAGAACACAUUACUACAUGAAGAAAACACAUUAAAGGUGACAUACUUAGGAACUAGCUAGUUUGGAUCAUGAAUGUGAUUUUUGUUUUUUUUUUAACGUCGUACUCGUACCCAUCUUGAACAAGUUCUAAGUACGCCACUAGUGGAAGAUAUACACAAAUUUCAGAGUAUAAUGUAACUAACUAAUUGUUGAGGCAAGUGGUGCAUAUAUGUCACAUAAUUCGUUUUAUGAUCCACCUGAUUAUAGAAAUCACCCUUCACUUUUGGAAGAAAGUGGGAAUCCCUCUCAGUUGCGCAGUCACAGUUUCCCAUUCAGCAUUCCAUCAAAAUCCCAAAGAGGACAGAAAAAGGGACUGUAAUGCCUUCCUUAUUGCUCAAUCCACACUCCCUCUCCUCUUAAUUCGAUGUUGCCAUUCUCUCUCGUAAUGACACUUUAACAAACUACAAAAGUGAUUAGAACAAGUCAUUCCCUUACUUUUUUUCCCUUCAAUUGUUGGGGAAAAGCUCAUGAUAUGUACAUAUGUUUUGCAACUUGCAACUUUAAUUUCCUUUUCAAUCUUCUUAGACAGGGGGUGAAUAUAUAGUGUACUCCAUCAACUUAUCAUAAACUACCCACUAAAGAAAAUCUGACAAGCAGUGUAUGUAAAACAUACAUCAUACAUGUGUAAAUUAAACAAGUUGUUAGAUAUAUUGAAAUCAAAGAAAAAUCUAAGGUUAGUAUUCUAAUAAUACAAUUCACAACCAAAACAACUAUUCGAUGGCGCUGCAAGUUAUGUUUUCGGUAAAGCAAUCGUGAUGUCUUUCAUAUUUUGAAAAAAAAAUGUAAAAUACAUGUAUUGUUCAAAAUCUGGAAAAUAAAAAGUAUCAUCAAUGUAGUCUGAUCUCCUACUGACGACAUCGUUGAAUGGUUUGGCCCAAAAAUCUUACUCAAUCGUUUAAUUUCCUAGUACACUGCAUAUCGUACUCAAUCCUUACAUUGUGUGGUACUCAGAGGCGGAGCUAGCCCAUCUUAGGGUGCCAUGAGACACGUCUAAUAUUAUUUUGAAGAAUAAUUAUUCAUUCCGGAUAGAUGUAUAUAAGAUCCGAACAAAAUCAGUUGCUAGAAAAGCCUUAUACAAUCAAAAAUAAUUAUCGGUUAUUAGUCUAUCUCUUUUUGUGAUAUUUGUUAACCAAAAUACAACCAACCAAAGCCCAACUUUUUUGUGUACAUAAAAUCACAACCACAACCAAAAGGAGUCAAACCCAUCCCAUUCAUCCAACCAUAUAAAAUGCCAAAAAGCCAAAUUGUCCCCUUAACCCCAAAACCAUCCCCCUCUCCUCCCUCCACACACUUUCAUUUCCUACAUUCCUUAUACUAACCCCUUAGGAUUAAUGUACAAGAUAAGGAAAACAAUAAUAAUAAUAAUAAAUCAAAUAAAAAUACAAGUUGAUAAAAAAAAAAUUGAAAGCAAGCAAGAAAAUGAAACCUCAACUCCCUAUCUUCUCCCUCAAUUCCCUUCCUUCCUAAACCUCUGUUUUCCCCUCCACCUCUGUUUUCCUUUCCCCCACUCUUUUUGCUUGAAUAAACGCACAAUUUUCAGCGGCAAAAAAAGCCACAACCACUAAAACCGCUAUGAGUUCUUCUUCUUCCUCUUCCCAAAACCCGCCAUGGCCGCCGUACCAAACUUACAGAGACUGUUCCCAAGGCAUCUGCAGCAUCUACUGCCCGCAAUGGUGCUACAUCAUGUUCCCGCCUCCCCCUCCUCCUCGCCGCAGCUUCCCCUCCGCCGCCGACGGCGGCGACGGAGGCAGCGCCACCGACUUCUCCCCUCUCAUCAUCGCCGUGAUCGGGAUCCUCGCCAGCGCCUUCAUCCUAAUCACCUACUACACCAUCAUCACCAAGUACUGCCGGCGGCGCGGCGGCAGCGGCGGCGUCGGGAACCCACUUGACAGCGACCCGAAUCACAACAGCGGCGACACGAAUUGGAUGCCGCCGUCGGGCCCCGCGGGGCUGGACGAGUCGGCGAUUAAGUCGAUUGCGGUGCUGAAUUACCGGCGUGGGGAAGGGUUGGUGGAAGGCUCCGAUUGCUCUGUUUGCCUGAGCGAGUUUCAGGAGGAAGAGAAGCUGAGAUUGCUGCCCAAAUGUCACCACGCGUUCCACGUGCCCUGCAUUGACGCCUGGCUCAAGUCCCACGCCACUUGCCCUCUCUGCCGCGCCAACAUCCACGCCGCCGCCGCCGUUUCCGUUGCCGUUGUGGGGUUUGUCCCUCCGCCGCCGCCGGAGGCGGUGGUGGCAGAGGAAAUUCGUGAAUCGGUGGCGGUACCGGCGCAGGAGAUUGAGAGUGGGGAUGUGAUCAGCGAGAUUGCGGUGGUGGCGGAAGAUUUGGAGGCCGGCGGAGGCGGCGGGGAGGAGAGUGGCGGGAAAAUUGAGAUUGAGUGCGGGCAAUCUGAUAGUGAGCAGCUGGGGAUUUCGCAAAUGAGGAGGUCGAGUUCGUUGAACUUUGCGGCGGCGGCGGCGACGAAUGUUGGUAGCAGUAGCAUUGUUGGGGCGAUGAAGAGAUCGGUUUCCACGGGGAGAUUUCUGUUGAUGCCCAGUGGAGAUGGUAAUUCCUCCAAUUCUGUCGGUAGAAUUCCAAUUUGAUGACUAGUCCACGGCCGCCACCAUUCAUUGUUAGUAAUUCACAUUGGAAAAUAUCAGAACGUGUUGAUAUUGUUGGAUCGGUUUAUGAGUACAGAUCUUAUAUGGUGUUACACAUUUACUAAAACAAAAUUUAACAACGUAUAAUAGAGAACACUGGGGCUUUCCCCCUUUUUUAUUUUCCUUUUUUCCUUUGUGGUUCUGGAUUCAUUAUUUUUCAGGGUAGAUCUGUGAAUUUGCAUGAGGUAGGGGAAAUAUGAUUAGGUUUGGGGGAACUUUCUAUUUUUUUUCUGCUACGAUUGUAUAUUUGUGCCAUUGUACAUCAUUAUACUGCUGUCUUCUGCUGUUUUUAUUUUCGUUUCAUUUUUUAAUGUAAUGUAAUUUUGAUACAUACUAAAAUAGACAGAGAUUAAUCAACAGAAAAGAAAUUUGUUAUAGUUCUCGUACGGUCUGUAAUAAAAAAAAUUCUACCAACAUUUUUUUUUUUAUAUUUUGUGACUUGGCAUGCAAAGGUUUUGUAUAUUCUCGUAUCUGUAUAAUUUUUCUCGAUGUGCUCAAUUAGGAUCCUAGCUUUAUUGUAAGCCAAAAACUAAGACGACGAUUAGGAAGUUCGUACACGUUGUCGAAACGGAUCCUAUCAAAUAUUUCACAUUUUUUAUGAUCAUCUCCAUUUUAGGUAUUCGUGGAAUCCUCCUUAAUUGAACAAGAUUCCCACUUUUCUCUCUAUGACGCUGUGAGCCAAGUUUUUCAAUAUUUGGUUCGAAAGGACAAGGAAGAUACCUAUGACAAAAAAUUGUUAUAUUUAUUCCUAUUGCCUUUAAUUUGAAUGGGGAUAAAUUCACCUAGAAAGGAAUCGGUGAUCAAAGCAAAGAGGUUUCGAGUGAGUUUUGUGAUUUGAUGAUUAUUAUUACAGUUACUUUUUUCAUGGACGGAGUUUAUCCUGAUACCACAAAAAUUUGUUGCUUCAUCUCUUCGUUUUAGAUUAUUUCACUCUUCAUGUUCUUAAGAUAAUAGGAUAUUCUGUUCUGUAAAACUAUUAUAUACGAACUACUCAGUUUAUCAAACUUCAGAAAAUGAAAUGAAUAGAUUUAGAAAGAGUCGUACUAUCACUUCAAUAGAAUUAUCAUAUACUUAGUUUCUCAAAAUCGAUAAAAUAUAUUGAAAUGUAUAAAACAAUUUCUUUCUAAUUCCAUUUCAUUCAUAAAUAAUAAGAUUUAGCUAUUAUACAUCAACAUAAUCUCAUUCGAAUCAAAUACUGAUUUGAUCAAUUUUUAUCAAGGUUGAAGUAAACAAUCAUCAGACAAUCCUACUAUCAAAUUCGAUCAUGUCGAGAUACAUAAACAUAGAGUUUCUUGGUUCACAAGUAACCAAAAAAACUCCCAACUAUAUGGUGGGAAGUCGGAAGAACAUGUAACUAAGAUAGGAACAACAACAAAUAUUAUUAUUAUCCAUAAUAAUUAAGCAAGCAAGUAAGCAAGCCGUCCUACCAACUCUUUUGAAAAUAUGUAAUUGAGUUUGUGCACUAGACUGGGUUUACCCUGAUUUAAAAUAAUUCAGUUAGAUAAAACCACCAACGAAAACAAUUGCAUUCUACAUACCUUGUAUAUUAUAUAUUUAUUUUUUUCAAUUGUAAGAGAGUGACAGAUGUUAAAUUGUGUAAUGUCCCAGGAAAACGAGUUCUGAUAAAAACAAAAACCCAAAAUUAAAUAAGGCAGGUUAGGUGAUAAACAGUUGAAGGAUGGGAAUGGGUUUGAGUUGACAUGGACAAAUCACCUACAACCAACCGGUUGAUUCAACUUCAAUUAAAUUCUCAUUUGUAUCUCGUUUGUGUUUCUGGACCUCUUAUUUAAUUAAGUAUUUCUGUAAGGCCACUUCUCAUCGUAUUAUAAGUAGGGUAUAAGACUUGAAUGACAGAUGCAGUUUGCAAAUGUUCAACCCAAUAUAUAUACCAAUAAUCAUCCUAAUUUUAGAGGUUCACCCUAAUUUGCAAAUGUUGUACAAAAGAAUAUGGCAAUUACUUAAUCGUCAUUCAUAAAAAAAAAUGGCAAUUUAAGAGGUUCAUCAUAAUUUAAGUUACUAUAAUCACCCAAAUUUAAUUUAAAUGUGAAAUUCUUUAAUUGUCAUUCAUAAAAAAAAUAUGGCAUUGAUUUCGUUACAAAAACUGCAAAAUUAGAGAUGGCAACGGGUCGGGUCGGGAGCAGAUAGUGCAUGUCCGUUACUCUACCGAAAGUAGUUCGGUUUUUACCCAUACUCAUAUCCACAUAAGAAUCGGGUAGCAAAACAAAUCCAUACUCAUACCCAUUCGAGUUUCGGGUAUUCACGGUUAUCCAUGGAUAAUGCUUUCUAUUUGUAACCCCAACCAACAUGUUAACAUUCACACGUAUACUCACAUUACAUAAGUGGAAAUAUACUAGAAUAAAUCACUAGAAUGAACAAAAUUAAUUAAAAACAACACAAUUUCAUGAAACAUUAUAUUUGUAUGCUAAAUAUCAAAUAUGUCGAGGAAAAAUAAUAACCAUUUCUAAACAAAAUACAUAUGCAUGUUUAUAAUCGGUCGGGUUCAGGUUGGAUAGUGUGAAAACCAUAUCCGUCCAUUACUCUCAAUUGUCAGAUUCGAAUUUUACCUAUACCCACUAAAAAUCUUUCGAGUUCGAAUUUUACCCUACCUAAUUAGAUCGAAUUCAAACGGUUAUCCGAAAUUCCAGAUAUGUUUGCCAUCUCUAUACAAAACCCUCCUCCUACAAACCCAACAUUCCUUUGUCCCUCUGCCGCCUUCACUCCUCGUCGCCCUUCCUCUCCACCUGACCUUGUCGUCGGUUAGGGAAACCUAAGAUCAGUUUAGAACCCACUCCCAAAACUGAUAGUAUAUAUAUCAUUAUCAGCAGCAGCGGAUCCAGAACACAGAAGUGCACUGGGCCGCAUUUUAUUAGAAUAGUAAAAAAAUAUAAUGAUUAUAAUUUUUUUACAAUGUAAAUUGUAUACGAUGGUAUUUUAAUUUAGCGAAUGCAUUAAUAAUGGAGUCCACAUCCAUACCAAUAAUAUACACUGUUUCAAAUAAAAUACUUGAGCAAUCGACUAGAAAUCCAUCGCUCAUUUUGUUGCGCAAAUCAAUUUUCACAUGUUUCGUUGUUGAAAAGGUUCUAUUCGUAUUAGUUGUUGAAACGAGCAGCAUCAACACUAGACAAAUCAAUCUACUAAUCAAUUUGCAUUGUGUUUCCAUCUCAUAUCCACCAGCUGCUCUAGUAAAUUUUCCAAGGUAACAAACCUCAUAUAUGUUUUAGUCUUUUACGUUUUGAACUUUUUGAAUUUUUAGGUUUCAUUGUUUUAUUAGACGAAUAACCUUUGGGGUUAUAAUUUAUAAGCUAAAUUUAGAGUAUUGAUUCUGAAUAUGUUCAUCUGAAUUAUUUUUCUAAUUAUACCCAAUCUUAUUUUAAAAUAACAACGACCCGAAUAUUUAAAAUCGAAAAAUUCCUAAGACCUAUACUAACUAUGGAUCCAGAGGAGGGCUGGGCCGGGGCCCGGGGUGGCCACCCCCUGGAUCCGCCACUGAUUAUUAGCUUGGCUAAGUGGCGGACCUAAAAAUUUUACAUAGGGGUGUCCUUUAUAAAAAAUAAAGUAAAAUAAUUAAUUAAUAACUAAUAAAAAUUAUAUUAUUCUUAAAUAAGAAAAUACCAAAUAUGUACAAGUUAAAAAAAGUCAAUGAUGUAUUUUCAUAUUCUAAAAAAUUAUAAAAUACACGUGGUGUCUACACUACUCAAUAAACUUGUCUCGAUAUAUCCUACUAGACAAUUAUUCACGAACCGACGCAUAUUUGACUUAUAAAUUUGUUCAUGAUGUAACUCAAAGUUGAAAAACACUCUGAACACUUGUCGUACAAUCAUAAAAUCGAUACAAAUUAAAGGUAGCUUGUAAUUAAAUUAAUUGUUAGGUUUUGAAAAUAAUUAAAGAUAAUGAAUAGGGUUUUGCUAUUACACAGUGUUUAGAAUACAACAACAAAAAAGUUGUAGUCUAAUGGAAAUUAUAUGUAUUAGUAAUAGUAGUGUCCCGAGUUUGAAUUACCCAAACUAUCACUUAUAUUCCCAUACGCAAACUACAAACGAGAUAGUAUAAUCGUUCUUUUAAAUUUUAGGGUAUUCCAGACUUUUAAUUAUAAUUUUUUAUCUAUACGUAAAUUACUACCGGGAGUUGGAUAAUCGAUCUUUCAAAAUUUAGGGGUGUCCCAGGACACCCUAAAUUAGGGGUGGCUAUUUGGACCGGGACCGGAUAGUAAACAAUCUAAUCCAAUCUUUGGGCUUAGAUUUGAGGUAAAAAACCGGAUAAAGACCGGAUAAGAGAGCUCAACACCCAAAACUUAAGGGUAAUUUGCAUAAACGGUCACAAACCUUUGCACUUAGUACAAAACUUAACCAACUCCUCACCCUUUAAGGUUUGAGUCCUUAAAGGGUAUCCAAUCCAAUCUUUGGUCCUUAUAUUUUCAAAAAGACCGGACUGGACCGGAUCAAUUUGGGCCAAUUAACCGGACCGGACUGUAUAGCCACCCCUACCCUAAAUGGUCUUGGGUCCUCCCCUGCUUAGCUCCACAGUGUUACAUAACUCCCUCGACACAGUUGGUUGUACAAAGUGAUUAAUGACUAACCUGUAACCACGAAAUGAGCUUUAUUUUUAUGUUUAGGAAUCGAACCUUGACACAGUUGGUUGUACAAAGUGAUUAAUGACUAACCUGUAACCACGAAAUGAGCUUUAUUUUUAUGUUUAGGAAUCGAACCUUGGACAACGUAAUUAAAAGACGAGGCAGAUAAUCACCGAGGCACAAUCUCUUUUUCUGUUAUGUGCAGAAGGGUGGCUAAUAUAUAUUCUGCAUUUCCAUCCAAGUCAGAAUCCAAAGGAAGGGCAAAUCAAUUACCUCAAUAAGAAAAAGAAGCAAACUGACUUUGACUUAUGAACACAAACUGGUCUACCAGUAUUAAAGACCUCACCAAAUUUAGAGAACUCACUCUCCUAUAUGUAAGUUGAUUCGGGUUAAAUUGUACACAUUUUACCCCUCAUUUUUUUUUAUAGUUUGAGUUUGCAUUUCAUCGUCCCUCAAUCGAAUUUACGAUAAGUUGUGCUAUUUUUUAUACAUUUCAGGUCCUAGCGCGUGUGGGAAGGUCUAUGACGAGUUUCGGGACAUUUCGAGGUAAAAGGAGCCAAAAAGUGAAGAAAAAUCCAAAGACACGGUUUGAACGCAAUUCUCGCAAUCGCCAGACCGUGACAAUUGCAUCCCGGGUGUGAACUUCGCUGGGAACUGGAGUUUUUUGCAUCUCGCGGGCCAAAAGAUUGUCACGGUCGCCAGAUCAUUUUAAUUGUCCAGUGACCAUGAUGUCGGACCAAAACAGCACCAGUGACCUACGUUUUUGUCCGAUGUCACGGUUUGAGUUCCAAUAUCACGGUCGUGAAGUGCAGACCGUGAAAGUGAUUGUCGGGCUGUAUAAAUAGAAGGGUGUUGGGAGAGAGAGAGAGAGAGAGAGAGAGAGAGAGAGAGAGGCAAGAUCUGGAUUGGGUUUCACAUUUUCUAGGUUCCCUUCUAGGGUUCGAGCUGAAAACCCCUAAAAAGGAGGGAAAAUUCUAGUGAGAGAAAGAGAGAUCUUCUUCUUGUUAAGAGAGAGAAAGGAAGAGCCAAAGGAAGAAAGAAGAAGAUUGGGUUUGCCCUAAACUAGAGGAUUGAAGGUAUUCUUCUUCUCAAGGGUGUUCCCAAGCAACAAGGAAGGAGGAUAGUCACCACACCAUGGUUCUUUCUUUCAUCUUUGUUGUUUUCCCUUGCCUAGCUAUGGGGUAGUGCUCCCUCUCACUUGGGUAUUGUGAACCCUAGUUUAGAUGUGUGUUAGGAUGUAAGAACAUAACUCUAUGUGUGUUGAUUGAUUGUAUUAUAUAAUAUUUGAGGUAUUAUUCAUGAAUGAUUGAGUGUUGCUAGAUUUAACUCAAUAUUGGGUCAUUUUGAUUUUUGACCUAGGUUGAGAGAAUCCCCUUGUUGUAAGAGGCUUUGAGAAGCUGGAUUCUUGGCCAAUUUGUGUCCCCCAUUUAGGCAAAUGAGGGCAAACCUCAAAUAUCGAAUUAGUGUCAUGAUCCCAUCAUGAUUGGUCGCUAUCCGCCGUCCGGAUUAAUUUUCGAGGGAUGGAUUCUUGGUUGAUUGGUUAAGAGGGCUAGAUUUCCUAGCCUAUAGUUGCAAUCCUUAGCCGAAUGGCUAAGAGAGUUAGGUUACCUAGCCUGUUGUUGUUAUCCUUAACUAAUCGACUAAGAAAGUUAAGGUUUCCUAGCUAGUUGCACCCGCCUCACGGCUUAUAAAUGCAUCAUUCACAC